UUCCACCUCCCUCACUGGGGUUUGGGAGGAGCCCGCGACUGCUUGCUGUCGGAGGACCCCCAAAUAAAAGAGCUGGGCGGCUCACCUAGGCAGCGCCUUUAAGGGGUGGGUCACUGGCAGGUUGUUACCUGUAGACGGUGACGUGAGGUGUGGGGCUGGUACAACCUGGGAGGCAGGCAGGAAGGAGGAAGUUGCUCCCUGGGACUCUCAGCAACUUGUGGAGCCGUCGCAGACCCCAAUGUCAGCCUCUGCAGUCUUUAUUCUGGACCUUAAAGGCAAGCUCCUGAUAUGUCGGAACUACAAGGGAGAUGUGGAUACGUCGGAGAUCGAGCACUUCAUUCCAAUGUUAACACAGAAGGAAGAUGAAGGGUCCGUGUCUCCGCUUCUAACUCAUGGCAAAGUUCACUUCCUGUGGAUUAAGCACAGCAACCUGUACUUGGUCGCAACUACGGCAAAAAAUGCGAACGCCUCCCUUGUCUAUGCAUUUUUAUACAAAAUCGUACAGGUCUUCACCGAAUACUUUAAGGAGCUGGAGGAGGAGAGCAUUCGAGACAACUUUGUCAUUAUCUAUGAGCUCCUGGACGAAGUGAUGGAUUUUGGUUUCCCGCAGACAACGGACAGCAAGAUCCUUCAGGAGUACAUCACGCAACAAGGACAUAAACUGGAGGUAUCUGCCCCACGGCCUCCAGCCACUGUCACUAACGCAGUGUCCUGGAGGUCAGAGGGCAUCAAGUACAAAAAGAAUGAGGUGUUUAUUGACGUCAUUGAAGGGGUCAACGUAUUGGUCAGCGCCAACGGGAAUGUUCUGCAGAGCGAGAUUGUUGGCAGUGUGAAGCUCCGGGUUUUUCUGUCUGGAAUGCCAGAACUGCGACUGGGGCUGAACGACAAGGUCCUCUUUGAGCUAACGGGACGAGGCAAGAGUAAAUCUGUCGAGAUGGAAGAUGUGAAGUUCCACCAAUGUGUGAGACUGUCCCGUUUUGAAAAUGACCGGACAAUAUCUUUCAUCCCCCCAGACGGAGAUUUCGAACUGAUGUCUUAUCGACUGAACAUCCACGUUAAACCUCUGAUUUGGAUUGAAUCCGUGAUCGAGAAGUUUUCCCACAGCCGAGUGGAAUAUCUGAUCAAGGCUAGGAGCCAAUUCAAGAAACAGUCGGUGGCCAAUAACGUGGAGAUCGUCAUCCCUGUGCCCAGCGAUGCUGAUUCACCUAAGUUCAAGACGGCCAUGGGUAGUGCCAAGUGGGUUCCUGAAAAUAACACUGUGGUGUGGACCAUCAAAUCCUUACCUGGCGGGAAGGAAUAUCUGAUGCGAGCUCACUUUGGCCUUCCGAGUGUGGAGAGUGAAAGUUCCGAGGGGAAGCCACCCAUUUCAGUGAAAUUCGAAAUCCCGUACUUCACCGUCUCGGGGGUACAGGUGCGGUACAUGAAAAUUAUAGAGAAGAGUGGUUACCAGGCUCUACCAUGGGUCAGAUAUAUCACUCAAAGUGGAGAUUACCAACUGCGGACGCAUUAACAGCUGAGAUAACACAAGAAAUAUCAAACCCUACUCUUCCUCUGCCAUAUGGAGAAAACAACAAGCACUGUUUCUUCCCACUGAACCAGUGGCUUCCAUCAUCCCAUUAAUAUCUCUGCUGAUCCAUUCAUGUAACCCUUUAUUUUACCACAGUUACUAGUGUCUAAAACCUACUGUGAAAUAAGGUUGGGAGCAAGUACUUUGUGGAGAUGGCCUGAUUUAGCAUCGUGCAGGCAAGAGACUUGUUUGGGCCAUGAGGGGGCCAUUCAGUCCCUCUAGCCUGUUCUGUCAGACUGAUCUAUCACUCAAAUCUAUUUCACCUUUGCUCGAUAUCCCUUCGACAUCUUCACUGAAGGAAACUCACUCGUUGCCUUGAAGGUUUCACUUGACCUUUUGAGAAUUUCAAAUGCUUCCCAAUUUCACUCCUGAUUGGCCAGGCACUUGUCUUGAAGGGAUGUAUCAGUAACCCAGAGAACGUGAGCUCAAGUCCCAGCUCGGCAGUUUGAGAAUUUGAAUUCUGAUUUGCGUAAGGAUUUAAAACUUGGGAGUUGAAACAUGGGUUUUGUUGGAAAUGACCAGGUAGCUGUCACAUUGGAAACAGAGAAUGUGUUGCCGCUUCGUGAGUGAAGAGCAGCACUAGCAGCUGUCAAUGUAAGACAGUCACCAAGAAAUCCAACAGGGAAUUCACGAGAAACUUCCUUAUCCAGGCACAGAAAUAGGAAUGUGGAACUUAUCUCCAUAGAGAGUGGUUGAAGUGAAUGAUGUAAAUGUAUUUCAGGGGAAACUAGGAAAGCUGAUGGCGCAGGACGGAAUGGGAUGGUAAUAAUCCUGGAUUUAAACAAGGACAGGUGGGAGGAACCUCAAUUUGAUUUUAUUUGUUCAGCGGAUGUGGGUAUCACUGGCUAGGCCAGCAUUUAUUGCCCAUCCGUAAUUCAUAGUCAUAGGGUCAUAUCACAAGGAAACAGACCCUUCAGUCCGACCAGUCCAUGCCAACCAUGUUCCCAAACUGAACUAGUCCUACCAGCCUGCGCUUGACCCAUAUCCCAUCAAACCUUUCCUAUUCAUGUACUUAUCCAAAUGUCUUUUAAACAUUGUAACUGUACCCACAUCCACCACUUCCUCUGGCCGCUCAUUCCACAUGUGAACCACUCUCUUGUAUGAACAAGUUGCCCCUUGUGUCCUUUUUAAAUCUUUCUGCUCUCACUUUAAAAAUAUGCCCCCUCAUCUUGAACUCUCCCGCUCUAAGGAAAAGACCCUUGUCAUUCACCUUAUUUUUGCCCCUUAUGAUUUUAUAAUCCUCCCUACACUCUGGUGAGGAAAAGGUCUGGCCAUUCCAGUCUAUUUUUAUAUCUCUCCAAACUUUUCCUAUUCCUGUACUUCUCCAAAGGUGUAUUUCAAAUGUUGUAAUUGUACCCAAAUCCACCACUUCCCCAGGAAGUUCAUUUCACACGUGAAGCACCCUCUGUGUAAAAAAAAAUUGUCUCUCACAUCUUUUUUUAAAUGUCUCCCCUCUCACCUUAUAAAUGUAUCCAAUAGUCUUGAAAUUCCCCAUCCUAAGGAAGAGACACCUACUAUUAACUGUGUCUAUACCCAACUUAAUUUUAUAAGCCUCUGUAAGGGUGCCUCUUAACCUCUUACACUCCAGUUAAAAUGUCCCAGACUAUCCAGCCUUUCUUUAUACUUAAAACCUGGCAUUCCUGGCAACAUCCUGAUAAAUCUCUUCUGAACCCUCUCCAGCUAAUAAUAUUCUCCAUCCCUGCCUCAAAGCUGGAAACACUGAGUUUGAGUCCUACUAUAUAUCCUGAAUAUGCCUGUGUCUGUGUGUGUAUUGCAGCCAAACAACUGGAGUCUCAAAUUACAAAUCUUUCCAACUUACUCCAGGUAAAGAUGGUACCUUUCCUUCCCUGAAGAAUGUUAGUGAACCAGAUGGGUUUUUACAAUAAUACUUAAGUGGUCGCCAUGAAGCCAGAUUUUUAAAAUAAUUCAUAUUUUAUCAUCUGUGCUACAAUGGAAUUUGAACGGACAUCCUCAGAAUAUUAGCCUGAGGUUUUUGAUUGCUAGUCUAGUCACAGUAUCACCACACCACAAACUGCCCAUUACGAUUGGAGCAUAAAUGCCAACAUGGGCUGGUUGAGUCAAUUGGCAGAGUUGGUAGGUGGUACGAGUGGGAGAGAUUCCUGAUCAACACGUGAUGGGAAGACCAUUGGCACCUCUCCCAUCACCACCUGUAGCUCCAAGCUACAACAUGCAUGUUUCCACAAAGACUCAGACUCCAUGAGUGAACUGUAACACAACGUCACCACCCUUGGGGAUUUUCUGAUUCCCUAGUUUUGGAUUUCCCCACAGGUUGAAACUUUAAUGACUUCAAUCAAGUAGCUACUCUUCUUUCCCCUUCCCAGAGAGAGUCCCAGCCUCUCCAUUGCCAGUGUUGUCUGAAAUGACUCCACAGAGACCAGUAUCCUGUCUCAAAGCCACCCUUUAUUUACACAUGAACAGUCCUUGACUAUAGUACUGCCUCGUACAGAGAGUCAGUAUCUCUGACAUUCAUCUUUUAUGACAGUCAGGCCUCCCUGAUUGGACCAGCUGAACAGCCCCAUUCGGGGUACUCACUCUGUGAGGUCUAGCUGGCUGACCGCAUUAUGAUCAUGACCUUCUAAAUCUUUCUUUCACCUUCUCCGAUGUCUCUGCCAACAUAGCAAUCAAAAUUGUCCACAGUAUUUUAAGUAUCUUCUCAAUAAGGGUCUCCAGGUUUUAGGAUAACUUCCUUUUCAAUUCUAGUCAUGGAAUGAACCCUGCACUGACAUUAUCUUUUCUGAAUGACUAAUUAAUAAUUAUUGUUAUUAAUAUUAAUAAUAGUUAUUAAUCAGUAAUUCUAUAAUUUCACUGACCAAUUCAUGUAACUGCAAAGUCAAAGCUUCCUCUAGUAACCAAAGAUUUCACAGAGCAGUUGAUUUCUCUCAUGGAGUCCCAGGGAUGUUAUAGCACAGGUGGAUGCCAUUCAGCCCAUAAUGCCCAAACCUGCCCUCUCUAUAGGGCAACCCACCCAAUCCUUCCAAUUCCAAAUAUUUCCCCCGCGUCCACGUGCAGCUUAAUUCUGGUUGUUCAAGAAUGGAAUUUAUUCCAUCUCCUUUGAUUGCACUGACUCUUCGAACGAUCUGAAGUUGCGUGGAUGAAAGCUCUUGAGUUUUAUUUAUUCUACUCAUCAGCAAGACCUCUGACUAACAAAUUGUUUUUGUGUCGGGGGAUCUCUCUGCUUUUUAUGCUUGUUACUUUACAUUUGUAGAAAACCUCGAGUAUGUGAGUGUCAUGAAUUGGAAAUCUUUCUUGAUGUUCCUAUGAAUUAAAAAGUAAAGGGGCUUGUCAAGUAACUGAAACCACCCCUUUGUAAUUUUGCAUUGACCAAUGACGGGACUGCGGUGUCCCUGAAAGAUAACGUCGUCUUGUUUUUGUGAUGUCAGUUAAUCUCAAUAAACAGAUGAAAGACA